CAGGCCGACUUAGGACAAGAUGGGCAGUCCAAUACACCGGGUAUCACUGGGGGACACAUGGAGCAGGAACAUGCAUCCUGACAUUCAGAGCGAGCGGCGUGUGCAGUCCUUCAAUGUGGAACGGCUCACCAACAUCCUUGAUGGGGGUGCCCAGAACACUGCACUCCGAAGGAAAGUAGAGGAUAUCAUCUGCAGUGACCCGCAGUUUAGCCGUAAGGACAACUACUUCAUGAACCGGAGUGAGCUUUAUGAGGCUGCCACGCGGAAGAGAUGUCAUCUACAGAAGACAGCAGAGCGCCUGGGCUGGUUGCAAGAGGGUCUUGAAUUAUACUAUGCUCAGAGAGUUCUUGCUGAAGACCUGAACUUAAACUUACAGCAAGUCUUCAUGAACGCCCUCAACAGCCUGGGCUCAGAGGAACAGAUUGCCAAAUGGGGUCCACUGUGCAGGAACUACCAGAUCAUCAUAACAUAUGCGCAAACAGAACUGGGGCACGGGACGUACCUUCAAGGCCUGGAGACCGAAGCCAUCUAUGAUGCAGCAACCCAGGAGUUUGUGAUCCACAGCCCCACAGUUACUGCCACCAAAUGGUGGCCUGGUGACCUGGGGCUCUCAGCUACGCAUGCUCUGGUCCUGGCCCAGCUCACCUGCUCAGGAGCUCAGCGGGGCAUGCAUGCCUUCAUCGUGCCUCUCCGGAGCCUCCAGGACCACACUCCACUGCCAGGCAUUACCACUGGGGACAUUGGACCCAAGAUGGGCUUUCAACAAAUGGACAAUGGUUUCCUGAAAAUGGAUCAUGUUCGAAUCCCCAGGGAAAACAUGUUGAGUCGCUUUGCACAGGUCUUGCCAGAUGGUACCUACAUCAAGCGUGGGGCAGCACAGAGCAAUUAUCUUGGCAUGGUGGUGACACGGGUGAAGCUGCUGUUGGCCUCGAUCCUACCCCCACUGCAGAAGGCUUGUGUCAUCGCCAUGCGUUACUCAGUCAUACGCCGCCAAGGCCAGCUCCGGCCCAGUGAUCCAGAGGUCAAAAUCCUAGACUACCAGACACAGCAGCAGAAACUUUUUCCUCAGCUGGCCAUGUGUUAUGCCUUCCACUUCCAGGCCACUAGCCUCUUGGAAUUCUUCGAAAACUCCUAUAAGGCCAUUCUGAACCUAGACUUCACCCUCCUGCCUGAGCUUCACGUGCUAAGCACAGGGUCAAAGGCCAUGAUAUCAGACUUCUGUGUCCAGGGAACUGAGUUGUGCCGCAGGGCCUGCGGUGGGCAUGGCUACUCCCAGCUCAGUGGCCUGCCCAUCCUGGUCACCAGUGUGACGCCCGCCUGUACCUAUGAGGGCGAGAACACAGUGCUCUACUUACAGGUAGCCAGGUUUCUGGUGAAGAGCUACCUGCAGGCUCAGGGGCUCUCAGGCUCCAGGUCGCAGCGUCCAUUACCCCAGUGUGUCUCAUAUCUCACACUGCCUGACCUGGCCAGGUGCCCAGCACAGAAGGCAGCUGACUUCCUCCGCCCGGAGCUCUACACAGCAGCCUGGGCACAUGUGGCAGCCAGGCUCAUAAAGGAUUCAGUGUACCACUUACAGGCCCUGACGCGAUCUGGGGCUGACGAACAUGAGGCCUGGAACCAGACAACUGUCAUACACGUCCAAGCAGCUAAGGCACACUGCUACUAUAUCUCUGUAAAGAGUUUCAAGGAGGCUGUGGAGAAGCUAAGGAAUGAGCCAACCCUUCAGCAGGUGCUCAAACGCCUCUGUGACCUCCAUGCCCUGCAUGGCAUCCUGAAUAACACAGGAGACUUUCUCUAUGAUGGUUUCCUGUCCGGGGCCCAGGCAGAAAUGGCGAGAACAGCCUACCUGGACCUGUUCCCUCUGAUCCGGAAGGAUGCCAUCCUGUUAACUGAUGCUUUUGACUUCAAGGACCACUGUUUAAACUCAGCGCUUGGCUGCUAUGAUGGAAAUGUGUACGAACGUCUGUUCGAGUGGGCACAGAGGACACCUAUCAAUAACCAGGAGAACCCUGCCUAUAAGAAAUAUAUACAACCGCUAUUACAAAGCUGGAGAGCCAAACUAUGAAACAAGCAGCAGCACUCAAGAAGCAAACAGCACUACUCUGUGAUCAUGGCAUUGUGGCAUAUGCAGAAAACGUAAAUUUUAAAUUACAAAUGAACUCUUUUGGUCAUUAUCUUUUAGAUGCAACUUGAAAUAGUAUCUGUGAAAUAGUAUUUAUGAUUUAUUUCGAUCUGUAAGAGGAAAAACACGGAGUGGAUAAUCACUGAAGCUGAUCAAUGCAUAAAUAAGCGGGAUGUAGGUGCUCGUGACACUGUUUUGUCUACUCUCCAAAUAUCAACCAAUUAAAUGCAGAUCCCUAGGUAUGCAAGUAUGAAUUUUUAAAAAUGAACUCUCAAUACUGGCACAAUGGCAUAAUUGGCUAAUCCUCUAUCUGCAAGUGUUGGCAUCCCCUAUGGGCACCAGUUGCUCUACUUCCCAUCUUAUGGCAUGUGAAAGCAGUGGAGGAUGGCACAGAGCCUUGGGGCCCUGCACUCACUUGGGAGACCCGGAAGAAGGUCCUGGCUCCAGGCUUCAUAUUGGCUCAGCUCUGAUGAUUGAGGGCAUUUGGGGAAUGAAUCAGCAGACAGAAGAU